AUGCGCGACGCAAAUGCAAACGAACGAACUGCACUCACCACUGGUACUGGUGGUGCAGAUUCAUUCGAAAUUUCCACUAAAGAUCUACAGAAAUUAAUGGACUGUCGUAAAUUGGAGGCUGUUAAAUAUCUUAAUGAAAAAUACGGUGGAGUUGUAGGAUUAUGUCGAUUACUUAAAACAUCUCCACAAGAUGGUUUACAUGAAGAUGAUUUCUCUAAACGUAUUAAUACAUUCGGUGCUAAUGUUAUACCACAACAACGUGCUAAAACAUUUUUAAGAUUAAUGUGGGAAGCUUUACAAGAUUUAACAUUAAUUGUUUUAAUUGUUGCUGCAUUCAUUUCACUUGCAUUAUCACUUUAUAUAAAAUAUGGACAAGCACCAACAUUUGAUGAAUCGGAAGGACAAGCUGGUUGGAUUGAAGGUUUAGCCAUUCUAAUUGCUGUAUUUGUUGUUGUAUUUGUUGUGGCAUUGAAUGAUUGGCAAAAAGAACGACAAUUUCGUGGUUUACAAAAUAAAAUUGAAUCAGAGCAUACAUUUUUUGUUAUACGUAAAGGUGAUACUAAACAAAUUCCUGUAAAAGAAAUUGUUGUUGGUGAUGUAUGUCAAGUGAAAUAUGGUGAUCUCCUACCAGCUGAUGGUAUAGUGAUACAAUGUAAUGAUUUAAAAAUUGAUGAAAGCUCUUUAACUGGUGAAUCGGAUCAAGUAAGAAAAAGUGAAACAAAAGAUCCUGUCCUCCUUUCAGGCACUCAUGUUAUGGAAGGUUCCGGUAAAAUGGUUGUUACUGCCGUUGGACCGAAUUCACAAGCUGGUAUAAUAUUUGCUUUGCUAUCUUCUGGUUCUCAUGAUGAACAUGGUGGCGGUGGUCAAGAGAACAAAAAAGAGAAAAGCAAAACUAAAAAGAAUGGUAAAAAAGGGAAAAAGAACACUAACAAAGUACCAUCUGCUAAUUCCGAUGCUUAUCAAAUGAAAUCAAAGGAGAAUAAAACAAAAACUGAAUCUGAUACAGAACAGACUUCGAAACCGAAGAAAAAACCACGUCGUAAAGAACAAUCUGUGUUACAAGCAAAAUUAACUAAAUUAGCCAUACAAAUUGGUUAUGUUGGUACAUGUGUUGCAAUAGCUACUGUCCUAAUAUUAAUCAUAAAAUUUUCAGUACAUACAUUUGCACAAAAUAAAGAACCAUGGCAAACUGGAAAACAUUUGAAACAAAUAGUUAAUUAUAUUAUUACUGGUGUGACAGUAUUAGUUGUUGCUGUUCCCGAAGGUUUACCACUUGCUGUAACUUUAUCAUUGGCAUAUUCAGUGAAACGUAUGAUGAAAGAUAAUAAUCUAGUUCGACAUUUAGAUGCAUGUGAAACAAUGGGCAAUGCAACAGCGAUUUGUUCAGACAAAACUGGUACAUUAACUACAAAUCGUAUGACAGCUGUUCAAUGUUUCAUUGGUAAUAAACAUUAUAAACGUAUACCGACAGCUUCAGAAUUACCAGAAUCUAUCACCAAUCUCAUAGUAAUGAAUAUAUCCAUUAAUAGUGGGUAUACAUCGAAACUUUUGCCUCCCGAUAUUCCAAAUGCUUUACCUAAACAAGUUGGAAAUAAAACAGAAUGUGCUUUAUUAGGUUUUGUCAAAUCUAUUGGACGUAGCUAUGAAGAUAUACGUACACAAUGGAGUGAAGAACGUUUAUAUAAAGUGUACACAUUUAAUUCAAUACGUAAAUCCAUGAGUACAGUUAUUAAAGAAUCAGAUAAUCCAAUGUCAUUUUUAUUGUUUACUAAAGGUGCUUCAGAAAUGGUUGUUAAAUGUUGUUCUUGGAUGAUGGAUGAACAAAAUAAACCAAGACCAUUCAGUCUACAAGAUCAAGAACGUUUAACUGAAGCAGUGAUUGAACCAAUGGCAGGUGAAGGUCUUCGAACCAUUGGCAUAGCUUAUAAAAAAAUUACAAUAGCUACAAAUUCAAAAAGUCCGAAUGAUAUGAUUGUACAAAGUGAACCGAAUUGGGAUGAUGAAGAACAUUUAUUAGAAGGUCUUACUUUAUUAGGUAUUAUUGGAAUUGAAGAUCCAGUUAGACCAGAAGUACCAGCUGCUAUACGUCAAUGUCAAAAAGCCGGUAUCACUGUACGUAUGGUAACUGGUGAUAAUGUAAAUACAGCACGAUCAAUUGCAAUGAAAUGUGGUAUUAUACAACCAGGUGAAAAUUUUCUUGUUAUUGAAGGUAAAGAAUUUAAUCGACGUAUUCGUGACAAAGCAACUGGUAAAGUUAGACAAGAUUUAUUUGAUCAAGUAUGGAUUAAUUUAAGAGUAUUGGCUAGAUCUUCACCUCAGGAUAAAUACACAUUAGUCAGUGGGAUAAUUAACAGUCGUGCAGCACCGUCACGUCAAGUAGUCGCUGUCACUGGUGAUGGUACAAAUGAUGGUCCAGCGUUGAAACGUGCAGAUGUUGGUUUUGCAAUGGGUAUAGCUGGUACAGAUGUAGCAAAAGAAGCAUCUGAUAUUAUAUUGACAGAUGAUAAUUUUUCAAGUAUUGUUAAAGCUGUUAUGUGGGGUCGUAAUGUAUAUGAUUCAAUUACAAAGUUUUUACAAUUUCAAUUAACUGUAAAUUGUGUGGCGAUUAUUGUUGCAUUCGCUGGAGCAUGCUUUUUAGAUGAUAGUCCAUUGAAAGCUAUACAAAUGUUAUGGGUCAAUUUAAUUAUGGAUACAUUGGCUAGUUUAGCAUUGGCUACAGAACAACCAUCAGUGGAAUUAUUAGAUCGUGCACCAUAUGGACGUACUCAACCAUUGAUCAGUAGACAAAUGGCUAAAAAUAUCUUAGGUCAUUCUUUAUAUCAAUUGGGUGUUAUAUUUUUCUUAUUAUUUUAUGUUCAAUUAAUAAUGGAAGUCGAUAAUGUAUCGGGGAUAACAGUACAUGAACCAACACAACAUUAUACUAUAAUAUUUAAUACUUUAGUAUUAAUGACAUUAUUUAAUGAAUUUAAUGCAAGAAAAAUUCAUGGACAACGUAAUGUAUUUAGUGGUUUACAUAGAAAUCCAUUAUUUAUUAUAAUUUGGUUUGUAACAUUUUUAUUACAAGCAUUAAUUAUACAAUUUGGUUCAUAUGCAUUCAGUACAAAAGCAUUAGAAUUAGAUCAAUGGGCUUGGUGUUUAUUCUUUGGUGUUGGUGAACUUGUCUGGGGUCAGGUUGUUAAUACAGUACCGAAUGCAAUUAUACCAAAAUGUAAAUGUCGUAAACGUAAACGUCCUACAGUUGUCGGUGUUAAUGAAAAUGCAGCUGAUGAAUACAUUAAAGAUGCGAUUGAAGUCGGUGAAGCUGAUGAAGAAGAAGAUGAAAUCUCUCCAUUAUCACUAGGUGGUGCUAAUAUGGGAAUUGGUGGACGUAUUUUAUGGAUUCGUGGUGUAAAUCGUAUUCAAACACAGAUGCAAGCUAUGAAAGUGGUCGAUGCAUUCCGUAUGGGACUUGGACCACAUAUUGAUUUGGAACAACGUAGAAGUAUUGGUUCGUUGGCAUUUAGACAACGUCAAAAUUCUAGUAUUGAAUACGUGGAUGCUGAUGCUCCGGAUGAAUCUUAAUUAUGUUUACUUGUUUAAAUGCGCUUAUCCGUUUAUAUUAGUAUGAAAGCAUGAGCAUCGAUAUUGGUGUCAGCGCUGGAUAUAUUGAUUAAACACUAUACAGAAUUAUACCUUUUUAAUCCAUACUUUAACCUAAUAGAUAGUUGAUCAUAUCAAUUAUUAUAAAGACCUAAACAUAUGCGAAAUUUGUAUUUCUUUCCUCCGUAUAUACAAAAUCUCCCCCUCUCUCUCUCUCUCUCUCUUUCUGAUACACACACAUCCACACAUAAGCUACAACUCUCUACGUUCGUGUGUGUGUGUACGGGUACGUGCUCAAUUUUCUUAUAUAAACGGUAUGUAAUUAGCAUUAUAUUGUUGAUGUUGCCAUUGUCUCUGCUGUUAUUGUCGUUCAUUCUUAUUUUCAUGAAUUGACGAUCCCUCCUUGCAACAUUGAUAUAAUAUAUAUAUAUACAUGUAAUAAUAGACAAUAUGUAUUACAUACAUUUUAUUUUUGCUUUAAGGCAACGUUGUUGUUGUUGUUGUCGUCGUCGUCGUUGUUAUAUUGUCCGUUUGUUAUUUCCUCAAUCUUUCAUCUUCAUUCAGUUCUUCGUUUGUUUGUUUGUUUGUUUGGUCGUUUGCUUUUCUUCAUUCUCUUCUCUCUCUUUUUUUCUUUUUGUUGCUUAUAUUGAUUAUUGUUUCUCUAUUUUGUUUUUCUCUUUAAUAUUUUAUAAAAGAAUUUUAAUAAUGAAUCCUGAUUAAAUAAUUCAAGAGAUUAUUUGUAUUAUUGACAAUGUUACUUUACUUUCUCAUUUGGUUUUAUUCAAUAUUAUUAUUAGUUUUUAAAAAGAAUUUUUUUUAAAUUCUGGCCUAUUAUUAGUAGUAUAUUAAUAGUAGUAUUGUAACAAGGUAUUCAUUGUUGCCUUUUUUUUCUAAGAAAAAACAUCAUCAAUAAUUGAUCCAAUAAUGAUCAUAUUUCUCUUGUCUUUUUUUAUUAAAAUAAACCCGUUUCUUGUUCAUCUAUCUUUAUCUCAUGCAUAUAUAUAUAUAUAUUUGUACAGUGUGUUGUUGUGCAGACUCGAAGCAUGAGAUUUGCUAAUGUUCUGUACUCCCCCCCUCUCUCUCUGUCCCUUUGUGCGUGUGUGUCUAUCUGUCUCCAUCCUUCUCUUUGGAACUACUGCUAAUUUAAUCCGUUUUGAUUUCGUCUAAUCUCUUUUUUUCUUUGAGUAUUCGAAAUACUACUGAUCUAUUUUAUUUACGUAUAUGUUUGUUUACACAAAAUGGAGAUAUAACCAAACAAGACCUGAUUACAUAGUUUCUCCUUUAUAUAUAUAUAUUGUGUGUGUGUGUGUAUUCACUAGUGCCGAUGAACGAUUUGCUUUUUGCUGUCUUUUAUUUUGGCUUCGUUUCCUUAUUUUUUUAAAACAAACAACUUAACAGUAUUCACAAGAAACCAAUGAUAUACGUCAAUAAAUGAAUUUCCUCUUUUUUUUUCUGGUUAACGAAUUUAUUAUUUCACUUCAACAACUAAGUUUUUUCGCGUUACACACCACUCAUACACACACACACACACCCCUUUACAUCAAUUUAGUUACUCUCUAUAUUUUUUUGCUAAUAAGAAAUAAACUUGUGCAUAUGCAAACUGAUAUGCACACAUGCAAGUUGAGUAUGUAUAUUGUAUUCAGUUUGUCUCUAUCGUAUUCAUAGAUACAACUAGUACUACUACUACUACUACUAAUACUAAUACUACUACUUCAGUAAUUCUACUUUUGAAGAGUUAUUCAUCAUGUGUUGUGUUUAUGUUGUGAAAUGAACAAGUCUAAGAUAUUUUCAAGGAAGAAAAAAUCUUUAUCAGAAUUAUUGCAGAAGUGUUUGUUUACUCCCACCGCCACCACCACCAUCCCCUUACACACAGAUUGACAGUAGUUGUCAAUAUGAUGAAUUGAUAUCUCACAAUGUUCAUUUUCUCUUUUACUUAAUUUUUUUUUCUGCUUAAUCAUUUGAUUACCCAUAUUUCCAAUCCUUAUUUACCCCUCUGCCUCUCAUUCAUGUUUACAUGAAGCUGCUUAUGUAUGUAUGUAUGUAUGUAUGUAUGUACGUGUGUUAAUUUGUGUAUAUUCACAUAUUCAAUACAUGUGAACUAGACAUCAUUCAUUCUUCUUUCAAUCUUCAUUAUCCUCAUUUUGUUUUAUCAAUUAUGUAAUAAUGAAGGGGUGGGAUGUUUGUUUAUUAUCAAUCAAUCCCUUCUUCUAAAUGUUAUUAUACCAGGGUUAUCAUAAUUUAAAUGAAUUUUUCAUAAUAAAUAAACUCGAAUUAGUUGCCUUCUUUUUCACAAAUACAAAAAUGCAAUCUAUUUCCAUAUUACAAUUAUGUGUAAUUUUAUAAUGGUGCAUAUUGUACGAUCUUCUUGCUCAAAUACAGGUAUAUAUAGAUAUAGAUAUAGAUAUUGAAUGCGUCAAUAUACCUGUUGUUUAAUGUUUAAUCAUUUGAAUUCAUACUCUUACACUUUACAACCUUCUUGUAUGUGUGUAUAGCACUUGUACUUCUAUACGUUCACAAGAGGUAUUCUAUGUGUGUGUGUGUGUAUGUAUUUGUCUGAGUGAAUGUGUUUUUAUUACAACAUGUUUAUUUCUCCCUCUCCCACCCCCUUUCUUUCUUUCUCUCUCUCUCUCUCUCUCUCUCAAUUCAAUUGUGUUUACAUGUCAUAGUUACAAUAAGGAAAUUCAUUUAUCACACAUCAUUAUUAAAUCAAUAAAGAGAAGUAAACAAUCGAUAAAUGAAAAAAACACACAAUGAAAAUGAAUGGUUAGAAUAAAAAAAACAGAAAAAAAAAACAAAUCAGUGACAAUAAUAUUAACCGCUUAUUACCUACAACUCAUUAUUAUUAUUAUUACUGCUGCUCUAAGGUAAACAACGUUUGUUUCAUUAUUAUUAUUAUUAUUAUUAUUAUUAUUAUUAUUAUUAUUAUUACUAAUACUGUUAUGUUUUAUUAUUAUUAUUACUAUAAUUAUUAUUGAUUUUUCACAAAUACACUUCCUAUCCCAACUACUAAUCACACCCACUACCCUAUUGAAUCAUUUAUUGAUCAAUAUUAUUUUUUUGUGCUCUUUCCCAGUUUUUGUUGCACUAAAUUAACUAAAACAAACAACAACAAAAAAAAGAAAAGAAAAGAAAAGCAAAAUAAACUUCUAUUUGCUCGUUUAUUUCAAUUAUGAAUAAUAAUAAUAAUAAUAAUAUUGUAUUGUUAAUAAUAUGAAUACCAUUACAUCUACUAUACAUAAUAUCUUUAUGUUUUUCUUCUUUUUCUUUCUUUCUUUCUUUUUCUCUUCUUUAAUUUGACUUUGUUUUAUGGAUGGAAACAAUGAGAGAAGUGAGAUGAUUGAAGGGGAGUGUGUAUAAUGAUUUCUAACAGUAUCUAAUCAAAUGGAAAGUGAUUUUCAUUUUGAGUUGAUGAAUUUAACACUAUAAAACUGUCAAUAGUUAAGCUAUAUUCAGAUUAAAUAGUAGAGAUGACUGAGUUCAUGUACUUACUUUCCUUCCUUCCUUCCUUCCUUCCUUAAUUACUUACCUACUUACUUACUCACUUACUUACUUACCCCACGCCUGUUGCCUUCAAUGGAGCAUAGGCUUCGGAUAAGCAUUCUCCAACCCACUCUCUCCUGGGCAUUUCUAGUUCUAUCCAACUGUAGCGAGUUGGUAUAAUUUAGCGUAUUAAUUCUAUACUCAAUCAAUUGACCACUGAUUAGUGAUCAAUGUUUAGUUGUGAUUGGGUUCCAUUGAUCAGGUUGGAGGUAGGUAUUCGACAGUAGGCGGACUAGGAUUCCACACGAAACAUUAGUCCCUUUAAAAUUAUUGAUACGCUAUGAUAACGACUGUCAAUUCCCAAGAAACCUAGCUCCCGUAUUCUUUACCGAUUAUCUUCAGCUACCUAAUUUAGUGUUUGUAUAAUUUUGACCAAGUAUGCUAAGAAAAAGCAAAAUAAAUUCAAUUCAGCUAAGAAUAAUUUCUCACUGACUUGUAGGUGACCUAUUCCAGAUCCUAUGAUUUCGUUGAAGCAAAAAUGUGUCAGAAUUGAUUCAACUUCAUUUAUAAAUACAAAACAUUUUUUAUAUAUUAUAAGUCUAUACAAUCAACUUUUAGGUAUACUUUAGUGAAGGCGAACACAGGUGAGGACAACCGAAUUGUAUAUAGCACAGAAUUACAGAGUUACUUGGUAAAAUAGAAAAGCCAUAUGGUAAAUCGUUAAUUUGCAAAAUAUUAAUCCAUCACAUCAACCUGGACUGUUCCUGUUGCAAACAUCAAUCCAUUGUCUCACAUUUCAUUGUUCAUGAGUUUCCUUACAAAUUGCAUUGUGUUGUCGCUCUUCCUUUCUUGAUCUCCCCCCAUCUUCUGCUGCCAGACAUUGCGUUUUUAACUCGCGUGAUAUACUACUUAUAUCAAUAUAAGUAGCACGCAUCACAAUACGAUUUGUAUAAACGUUAAAAUAAAACUUGCUGAAUUGAAAACUGAUACAUUCACCUGGUCUAGUGAUCGUGAAUACAAAUUGAUAAGGAGUCCCUUAUUAAGAUAAAACUACGUUCUAUGUGUUUCCUCAGCUAGCUUGGAUCUGUUUUCAUGAAAUCAAUAGAAUUUGUAAUUGUCAGUCUUGAUAACUCAUUCUCAAUAUUUUAUAGACUAAUUUUAACAUUGAUA